AUGGUCAACGCUCUCGACGUGCUUUCUUACCUUCCUCGAUUCCUCCGCGAGCGCGUCACCCCAAACAUGCCGAUCGUCGAAGUGAAGAACGACCCGUCCAAGGUCCAGCUGGUCCGCCUGGGCCACGUCUACUUUGAGCACCCGGACCUCAACAAGUUCGCAAAGUUCUCGAAGGACUUUGGUUUCGUCGAGGAGAAGAGGGAUGGGAACAACACCAUCUAUUUCCGCGGCUAUGGCCGCGACCCCUACGUCUAUGUCGCAAGCAAGUCCAACUCGGGACGGGCCAAGUUCAUGGGCCCGGCCUUUGUGGCCAGAGACAGGAAGGAAUUCGAAAAGGCCGCCAAAUUGCCCGGGGCCACGGUCAAGACUCUUGACGGAGCCCCCGGGGGCGGCCAACAGGUCACCAUCGCGCGACCGAACGGCACCUUCAUGCACGUCGUGUACGGCCAGCAGGAGCGCGAGGUCGACGCAAACCAGGGCAUACCCACGGCGACGCAUGACUCGCAUGGCCCGUUCAAUACCCCCUUUGAGAAGAAACGUCUCGGGCAGUUCCAACGGUACCACGAGGGACCCGCCCUCGUCCACAAGCUGGGCCACUUUGGGUACGUGUGCAAGGAGUUUGACGAGGAACUCGAGUUCUAUACCACCAACUUCAACUUCGUGCACAGCGAUAUCCUGUGGCACCCACAGUUCUCCAACAUCGACGUUCUGACCUUCAUGCACCUGGACCUCGGACCAGAGUGGGUCGACCACCACAUCAUGUUCAUGCAGCGUGCGGCCCCGGAGGUCGCCGAGACGUACAUCCACCACAGCUCGUACGAGGUGGCCGACUUCGACACCCAGCUGCUCGGUCACCAGUGGCUAGCCAAGAACAAGUGGAAGAACGUCUGGGGUGUCGGACGGCACAUCCUGGGCAGCCAGAUCUUCGACUACUGGCAGGACCCCAGCGGAUUCAAGAUCGAGCACUAUGCCGACGGGGAUGUCGUGAAUGGAGACUCUCCCACAAGGAGGGAAGUUGCUGGCCCCGUGUCCGUUUGGGGUCCAGAGUUUCCCAAGGAUUUUGGCCAGGAUGGGACGAAGUUGCCGCCUUCUUAA